AUGACGGUUGUCCAAGCAGUCAAAGAUGCCGUCGGUCUGGGCGACAGUCACGCUGCAGCUCCGGCCCCGGCUUCUAGGGAAGCAAUGUCCGAGGCUAGAUUACCGCUGGCCUACCGUGACAGCUGUGCGAACCUCCUGAUCCCGCUGAACAAAUGCCGACACGAAGAAUGGUAUAUGCCGUGGAAGUGCGAGACCGAACGACAUAGCUACGAGAAAUGCCAGUACGAAGAGUUCAAGAAGCGAGUCGCCAAAAUGGACGAACUCCGGGCCUCGAAAGCAGCUGAGACCAGUGCUUAA